AUGGAGCGUGACGAAGUCUACGUCCCACAAACACGAAUGGAACUGAACAUCCCUUCCAAGCCUGACUCCGAAAUUGAUUGGGACGAAAUAUUUGGCGAUACUCCCAUAUACACACUCUUUCUUUUGAUAAGACAACAAGUAUUAGCUUUCCCAGCAUAUUUGUUGAUGAAUGUCUCUGGCCAAAAGCGAUACCCCCAGUUCACGAACCAUUUCGAUCCCAAUUCAAUUCUUUUUAACAAAUCACAACGUCGAGCUGUUAUAAUCUCAAACUACGGUAUUCUCACUAUGGUCAUGGCGAUUUAUCUAUGUUGUCAAAAGUACGGCUUGGCUGCAGUGGUGAAGUACUAUGGAAUUCCAUGGCUUUCAGUGACCCACUGGUUCAUUAUGAUCACAUAUCUGCACCACACGCAUCCUCUACUCCCUCACUACCGGAACCCCGAGUGGUCGUUCCAAAGAGGCGCUGCAGCAACAAUUGACCGGGACUUCUUAGGAUGGCAAGGAAGAUUCUUCCUACACGAUGUUGCACAUUUUCAUGUCAUCACGGAGCGAAGCAACACAAUAUUUGUCGGCCUUUCUUGGGGGCCAUUAUAUGCAUUCAUCCGAACCGUCUUCCAGGCAUUAUGGAAUACAUAUAAUGAAUGCCAGUUUGUGGAGGACGAAGGCGUGUAUUUCAACGUUACUUGGGAGAACUCCAUGCUGAACUUUAUUCUGUUAGGAAACGUUCUAUUCUAUAGGAACAAGCGAGGUGAAGCUCAGAGACGUAGCAUUCAUGAAGUACAAAUUUCGUAA